AUGUCGGCAUGCAUCACUGUCGCCUUCAACGACACCUGCCCGCUGGGAUUCUUCUGCCCAAACACGGACGCCAAUCACCCGCCCCAAGUGUGUCUACCCUCAAGCUUAUGCGGGCUCGAACGAUUGCAUGGCUUCCUGUGUGAGGCCCAAGGAGCGCUGGAACCGCACGUGUGCAACCCGGGUCGCUACUGCCCCAUUGGGGGAAAACAGCAGAUUCUCUGCCCAAUCAACUCAUACUGCCCGAUCGGUUCUUACGAGCCAAUUCCAUGCUUGUACGGCUCGAUUUGCCCAAUCGGAUCAUCCAAACAGAUGUACCCCGUGCCUGCGUACAUUACCCUCGCCGUGGACGUGAUCCUUUUGAUUCAUCUGUUGGGGACGAUCUACCAUCAAUGGCGUGCCGCGCGGAAGGAAGACACCAAUACCAAAAUCCAAUCGACAGACGGUGCAAUGGAGCUGGAUCAAAUCCUCAUACCCACAUCCGUCACGAUCAUCGACCGAUUCCCACAUCCCAGGAGACGUCGUCCCACAGAUCAAGCACCUCCCGACGAGUAUGAGAUGACCCUCCUGCGUUUCAUCCGCAGAGCUCGYGUGGAGAGAGGGCUGGAUUUCGAAUUCGUAACAGCCGAAGGUCGAUUCAGUAGACUCGCUCGCGGAAACCUCGUGGGUAYCAUCGGACCCGGCAAGACCAAGUUCAUCAAGGUUUUGACAGGACAGCAAGAGCCUGCCGACAAGGAUGCGAAAGAUGCAUCCGGUGUCAUCGCCAUCCGCAUCAACGGCCACCGUAUCCACCACCCCGGAGCCUUUCGACGUAUCAUCUCCGUCGUGCCUCGCGAAGGCAUCGCGAUUCCACAUCUCACGGUCCGYGAAAACGUGCUCCAUGCCGCACGUAUGCGCCUCCCACCAACCUUCUCCUCGAGGGAUGUCAACACCUUUGUCGACGCCCUCAUCACCUCCUUUGACCUCUACCAAGUGCAGCAUUCCCACGUUGGAUCCCCUCAGCACCCCGUCAUCUCCGACGCCCAACGUCGGCUCGUCGACAUCGCCAUGGCCCUCGCCGCUGGGCCCACGGCCAUGUUCCUGGACGAACCGACAGCGCACAUGAAUCUCGUCGAGGCGGCAGGUCUGAUCCGGUUGUUGAAGAUGGUCAGUCAACAGGGCGUCACCAUCGGAGUCACGAUGAAUCAGCCCACUCGAGACAUCUGGCAAAACAUCUAUCUCGGUGCGGUGAGCUCCCAUGAACCAGCUGGGUUCCCCUGGGAACCCGCCAAACCGGCCUCGAACUUGGAGAUGCACGAUCUCAAGGUGGCAUCAGGGGGCGGAUUCCGGGGACCUUCAUGGCUGACGCAGGUGAAGCUUCUCUCGUGGAAUGCGCUUCUCCUCGCGUGGCGUGAACCGGGUCCACUCGUCUCGGAGCUGGCUGCGGCCUCUCUUGUAGGGCUGGGGAUCGGGCUCUCCAUUCGAGCAUCCAAGGGCGAAUUAUUCCGAGGGGCCUUUCACCCACCGUUCGAGGCACUCGGCGCGGCAACCGACUACAGGAGCGCUCCCUCGAUGGGACUACUGGGGUCUCUGGCCAUUGGGGCGGUUGCUUGCGGCUCCAAAGUACGACUCUUCACGCAAGCUCGAUGCGCGCGAGAAUUCCAGUCCGGCCAGUCCCGUUCGGCACACUACCUCGUGGAGACGCUGGCCACCAUCCCCCGGCUCUGCGUGAGCUCCCUCCACAUUGCAGCGCUGGUGUGCGUGCUGGGAACGCCGCGCAUGAGCUUCGCGCAGAUGUAUCUCGCCAAUCUCAUGCACUUCUGGGGCAUCUACGGCCAAGCCGACCUACUAGCCGCGGUGCUCCCCAAGGGGAGCCGGUGGGCGGCUGUGACCACGCUCAUCUUGAGUGUGUUUGGGGCGGUGCAGCCCUGGCCGGCGGUGGUGAAGAGGUAUCAUUUGGAGUGGUUUUGGCGUUGCUCACCGGCGGCGUGGUACACGGAGGCGUACACGGGCCGGCUCGUGAGCCCUCUCGGUCAUCUAUAUGAACUGAACCUUGCCAAGGCGGCCAUGGGGUACGAGCUUGAUCAGUACGGCCUAGAUAUCGCGAUGAUGUUUGUAAUUGGAGUGGUGUACCGGAUUUUGGCGUGGGUGGGCAGCCGGCGCUCGUGGGGAAAUAACAAGUAG